AUGACUGCAUCCAAGUCGCAGAUUGGACUCAACGAUGGCUUGUCGGCUGUCUUGCCUGACAGCAAGCCAUGGUACACAAAACUACAUCUUAUCAAGUUGCACUUCUGCAUCUUGUCCCUCUCGUUGUUCUCCUCUGCCAACGGCUAUGACGGAAGUCUCAUGAACGGACUACAGGCAUUACCUCAAUGGGAGUCGUUCAUGGACACGCCGACUGGUGCUUGGUUGGGCUUCUUGAAUGCCGUCUAUUGGCUUGGGAUGGGUCUGUCCUACCCCUUGACUGCGUUCGUUGCCAACAAGUACGGGCGCAAGCUCGGUGUGUACAUUGGCUACAUCUUUCUGUUCUUAGGCUCCCUGGUCGUGUUAAGCGAUGACGACACUGCAUUCGUGCUAUCUCGAUUCUUUGUUGGUUGCUCUUCAGCUUGGUUUGGAAACGCUGUUCCUCUCCUCAUCAACGAAAUCUCUCAUCCGGUCUACAGAGGCAUCCUGAGCGCUCUCUUCAUGUGCGGGUACUAUGUAGGCGGCACUAUUGCUGCCUUUGUUACCUUUGGCACCCGUAAUAUCGAAAGUGACUGGGCGUGGCGGAUUCCAUCUAUCUUGCAGUUGCUGCUGCCCCUCGUCGCACUGCCUGGACUACUGAUGACGCCUGAGAGCCCUCGCUGGCUUGUGUCUGUUGAUAGAAGUGAACAGGCUCGUACAAUUUUGACAACAUACCAUGCUGGCGGAGAUCCCAUAUCGGCUUUAGUCGAGUAUGAGAUGGCCGAAAUUACCACUGCCAUCCGUCUCGAGUCAACACUGGACGAUGCAAGCUACAUAGAGCUGUUCAAGACAGCAGGUAACCGGCGACGCCUGUUCAUAUCGGUGUCUCUCGGUAUCUUCUCCCAGUGGUGCGGCAACGGUGUUGUUUCGUACUACCUGGCGAUUGUCCUGAGAACUGUAGGCAUAACCAGUGUCACCCACCAGACAUUGAUUGCUGGUCUGCUGCAAGUGUGGAAUCUUCUCUUCUCAGUAGGCGCUGCACUUAGUGUCGACCGACUCGGACGUCGCCCACUCUUCUUAGCCUCAGCUGGCGUUAUGCUUGUCGCAUACAUACUUGUGACAGCUCUCAGCGGUGCAUUCGCAGAAUCUGGCAGCCCUCCCACUGGUAUCGCUGUCAUACCCUUUCUCUUCAUAUUUUUUGCUGGCUAUGAUAUUGCUCUGACGCCAUUCCUGACAGCCUAUCCUUGCGAGAUCUGGCCAUAUAGGCUCCGAUCUCACGGUCUGACCGUCACCUGGAUCACAGUAGUAGUCGCCAACUUCUUCAACACCUUUGUAAACCCUAUCGCUCUCGAGGCAAUCGGCUGGAAGUACUACUUUGUGUUCAUCGUUGUGCUUGUCGCAAUGGGAUUGACAGUGUAUUUCUUCUACCCAGAAACCCGUGGGUACACUCUGGAGCACAUGGCAGUCAUAUUCGAUGGCGAUGAUACAGCAUCUCCGUCUGAGGAGACGACUGCAAGGGCAUCGAGCGUGGCCUCGAUCUCGGAGAAGAAGAACGAUAUCAUGACUGCGCAUGAGGAGAACAUUUGA